AUGAGUGAAGGUGCGGCCGCUGCCUCGCCACCUGGAGCCGCUUCGGCAGCCGCCGCCUCGGCCGAGGAGGGCACCGCGGCGGCUGCGGCGGCGGCAGCGGCGGGCGGGGGCCCGGACGGCGGCGGCGAAGGGGCGGCCGAGCCCCCCCGGGAGUUACGCUGUAGCGACUGCAUCGUGUGGAACCGGCAGCAGACGUGGCUGUGCGUGGUGCCUCUGUUCAUCGGCUUCAUCGGCCUGGGGCUCAGCCUCAUGCUCCUCAAAUGGAUCGUGGUGGGCUCCGUCAAGGAAUACGUGCCCACCGACCUGGUGGACUCCAAGGGGAUGGGCCAGGACCCCUUCUUCCUCUCCAAGCCCAGCUCGUUCCCCAAGGCCAUGGAGACCACCACCACGACCACUUCCACUGCGUCCCCCGCCACCCCCUCCGCCGGCGGCGCCGCCUCUUCCAGGACGCCCAACCGGAUUAGCACCCGCCUGACGACCAUCACGCGGGCGCCCACUCGCUUUCCCGGACACCGGGUGCCCAUCCGGGCCAGCCCGCGCUCCACCACCGCACGGAACACUGCGGCCCCCCCGACGGUCCUGUCCACUACGGCCCCAUUCUUCAGUAGCAGCACGCCGGGCUCCCGACCCCCGGUGCCAGGAACCCCCAGCACCCAGGCAAUGCCCUCCUGGCCCACUGCGGCAUACGCUACCUCCUCCUACCUUCAUGAUUCCACUCCGUCCUGGACCCUGUCUCCCUUUCAGGAUGCGGCCACCCCCUCCUCCUCCUCCUCCUCCUCCUCCUCCUCCUCGUCUUCCUCCUCCUCUGCCACCACCGCGCCAGAAACGAGCACCAGCCCCAAAUUUCAUACAACGACAUAUUCCACUGAGCGUUCUGAGCACUUCAAACCCUGCCGAGACAAGGACCUCGCAUACUGUCUCAAUGAUGGCGAGUGCUUUGUGAUCGAAACCCUGACGGGAUCCCAUAAACAUUGUCGGUGCAAAGAAGGCUACCAGGGAGUCCGUUGUGAUCAAUUUCUGCCGAAAACUGAUUCCAUCUUAUCGGAUCCAACAGACCACUUGGGGAUUGAAUUCAUGGAGAGUGAAGAAGUUUAUCAAAGGCAGGUGCUGUCAAUUUCAUGUAUCAUCUUUGGAAUUGUCAUCGUGGGCAUGUCCUGUGCAGCAUUCUACUUCAAAAGCAAGAAACAAGCUAAACAAAUUCAAGAGCAGCUGAAAGAACCACAAAAUGGUAAAAACUACAGUCUCAAAGCAUCCAGCACAAUGGCAAAGUCAGAGAACUUGGUGAAGAAUCAUGUCCAGCUGCAGAGUUAUUCAAAGGCGGAAAGGCAUCCAGUGACUGCAUUGGAGAAAAUGAUGGAGUCAAGUUUUGCCGGCCCCCAGUCAUUCCCAGAGGUCCCUUCUCCUGACAGAGGAAGCCAAUCUGUCAAACACCACAGGAGUCUCUCCUCUUGCUGCAGCCCAGGGCAAAGGAGUGGUAUGCUCCAUAGGAAUGCCUUCAGGAGGACACCCCCCUCGCCCCGAAGUAGGCUGGGUGGCAUCGUGGGACCAGCAUAUCAGCAACUUGAGGAAUCAAGGAUCCCGGACCAGGAUAUGAUACCUUGUCAAGGGAUAGAGGUCAGGAAGACUAUACCCCACCUGCCUAUACAGCUGUGGUGUGUUGAAAGAUCCCUGGACUUCAAGUAUUCGUCCAAUGGUUUAAAAACCCAACAAAAUGCAUCCAUAAAUAUGCAACUGCCUUCAAGAGAGACAAAUUCCUAUUUUAAUAGCUUGGAUCAAAAGGACCUGAUGGGAUAUUCAUCUACAAGGGCCAGUUCCGUGCCCAUCAUCCCUUCAGUGGGUCUAGAGGAAACCUGCAUGCAAAUGCCAGGGAUUUCUGAAGUCAAAAGCAUCAAAUGGUGCAAAAACUCCUACUCUGCUGAUAUUGUCAAUGUGAGUAUUCCAGUCAGCGAUUGUCUUAUAGCAGAACAGCAAGAAGUGAAAAUAUUGCUAGAAACUGUCCAGGAGCAGAUCCGAAUUCUGACUGAUGCCAGGCGGUCAGAAGACUACGAACUGGCCAGCGUAGAAACCGAGGACAGUGCAAGUGAAAACACAGCCUUUCUCCCCCUGAGUCCCACGGCCAAAUCAGAAAGAGAGGCACAAUUUGUCUUAAGAAAUGAAAUACAAAGAGACUCCGCAUUGACCAAGUGACUUGAGAUGGAGGAAUCUGUGCAUUCUAUGCUUUGCUCAACAGGAAAGAGAGGAAAUUAAAUACAAAUUAUUUAUAUGCAUUAAUUUAAGAGCAUCUACUUAGAAGAAACCAAAUAGUCUAUCGCCCUCAUAUCAUACUGUUUUUUAACAAAAUAUUUUUUUAAAGGGAAAGAAACGUUUCAGGAGGGAUAAAGCUUACAACGAAAGCUUUUGGGUAGAAUUCUGAAUACAAUUUCAGUUAGUCCCAACACCGGCCUCGUUGGCUCUUAGUAGAUGUGGGUAAUUCAGACCCUUAGCCCCACAGCACCAGUGUCCUCAUAAAAAAGCAUUGGCAGUUACCUGGUUUCAAAGAGAUGAGCUGUAUCCUGAGGGCGGACGUGCCAGUGAGCAAGUGGCCCUUGCCAUUUGCCUUGCCAGUCCCAACCCCUAAAUUUCUAUUCACUCGACAGCCUCAUCACAGGUUAUGUCCUGUCAACAAAUGUAGUGUUUUCUAUUUCAUUUUUGAAGAAUGGCACAAAAACUCUGUAAGGGGGAGGGUAAGAGAUAGAAGGACUAAUUGGGGGACAAUCUUCGCUACUCUUAUGUGCCAGCUUCCUCUGAAAUUUGAAGGCACAGAAUCUCAGAGGGAGGUGUGAAAUUAUUAUAGAAAAAGAGACGAAAAAAAUCACAAUGUCGUGUCACUAAAAUCAUGCUAAUAGAAAGAAGUGUUUUUCUUUGAGAUUGUUUAGGGGCUCCAAAGGAGCAUUUCUCAGUGUGUGCGUGCCCUUUGUGCGUGUGUGUGUGUGUGUGUGUGUGUAUGUGUCUGUGUGUGUGCGUGCACGUGCGCACAGGCGUGUGUCUGUAUGUGCUUGCUCACUUGAGCACAGGUAUGCUGUAUGCACAUGUGUUCAUUGUGUGUAUGUGUGUGCAUGUGUGUGCAUAUUAAGCUUGCUAAAAUUUGUUCUGAAACAUCAGGGAAUUUAAUAUUCAGAAAAGAAAUUUCCCUCUCAGAUCUGUUCACUUUGAAUUUAUACAUUAAGUGUAAAAUUCAGUUAGUAAGUUCUUAAAUCAAGGUCACUUGCAUGGCGGGGUCCUUUAAAACUCUUGACAAUGUCAAGAUCAUUUUUUGGUGUGAAUACUUUUGAGAGGAACAACUAUUGGCUCAUUAAUGGUAUCAGUAUCACAAGGCAAGUUGAGGAUGUGUGUUUAUUUUGAAUCAUGCGUACUUAAAUUAUUUACACAAGCCAAUUAUCAAACUGAAAGUUACCCUUUGCUUUCUCAUCAUCCUCAUUAUUAUUUGUUUUGUAGCAAGUCUACUAUUUGUGGACCAAGACAUUGGCUUCUGUGGUUAAUAUGGAAAGAAUAAAUUGUUGAAAUCACAAAGCCCAGACUUUUCAGUUCACAGGAAGCCCCCAAAAGAACAGUAAAUUGUGUUGUAUGUUCAUUUGGAAUAAAGCAAUAUUUUUACCACUGCUGAGGUGAACUGAAACUUCUCCUGAAGAUUCGUCUGUUUUAUUUACCCUUAUUUUCAUGGGGCAUUCAAGGAAAUUAGUGUUCACCUAACCAGUCUUUUCCAAUUAUUGGUGGUGUUGAGUUGUUAUGUUUACACUGUUUUAAAUAAAAAGGCACAGUAUUUGAAAGUAUAUAAAAGAUUUCUUUUACUGCAGUCUGGGAAG